ACAUUUAUUAAUUUGACCGAGCGAUCAAGAUGGCUACGUUCCCGUCGAUCAGCCAGGUUGCAGGGUCCAAUCUAACAGCGUAUGAAUCACUCUUCAGACAAGUUGAUAAGAGUGGCACAGGAAAGAUAGGAGCCAUAGAUGCAGCAGCUUUCCUCAAGAAAUCAGGACUAAGAGAAACCAUCCUCCAUAAGAUAUGGGAGCUCUCUGAUCCCCAGGGGAGGGGGUUUCUAGACAAACAGGCGUUUGUGGUAGCCCUGAAGCUGAUUUCGCUUGCCCAGAAUGGUAAGGAAGUAGCCCCAUCUGGAUUGACCUUCCCAGCACCUCUCCCCAAUCUGGGUGGAACUCCUCCAGUACACGGUCGAUCAGGAAGCCCGGCAAUGGCUGAUGUCCCUUGGGCAGUAUCGGCUGAAGACAAGGCCAAGUAUGACGGUAUCUUCGAUGGUCUUUCUCCGAUCGACAACAAACUAUCGGGUGACAAGGUCAAAGGUGUCUUCAUGAACUCUAAGCUACCUGUAGACGUACUCAGCAGGAUAUGGGAUCUAAGUGACAUUGACAAGGAUGGCUUAUUAGACAGAGAUGAAUUUUCAGUGGCUAUGUACCUUGUAUACCGAGCCCUUGAGAAGGAUCCAGUCCCCGCAGCCCUCCCAGCCAAACUCAUCCCGCAAUCCAAGAGGAAAAAACCUUCCCUUCCAGGCUCCAUCUCAGUCCUUCCUGGUAUGCUGCCCCCUACUGGUGGUCUCAGGAGAGUCACACCUCCCCCGACGAGUCCAGCCCUGCGCAGCGGCUCUCCGUCGGCUAUGGCUUUCCCUCAGCAGCAGCCAAGUUCGGUUGGGGCUGGAAGCACUGCUGCUUGGGUCGUUUCAACAGAGGAGAAGGCCAACUGCGACAUCUUGUUCAAGCAACUUGACACUGAGGUCAAAGGUUACCUGACCGGUGAUCAGGUCAAGCAAUCGCUUUUAGAGACUGGGCUGCCACACCAAACACUUGCUCAUAUUUGGAAUCUAUGUGAUAUCAAGCUUACCGGUCAGUUAAACUCUGAUCAGUUUGCGCUGUCGAUGUACCUAGUCAAACAAGCUAAAUCUGGUAUUAUGCCACCACCUCAACUCACUCCUGAGAUGAUACCGCCAACUUUUAGACCUAAACCAGGAGGAACAGAUGCUGCUGCUCUAGGUGAUAUGGGAUUGAUACCUGGAGGAGCGCCCGGUGAUUUCUCUGCAAUCAAGGAGCUUGAUGCUAUCAGUAAGGAAAUUGAUACACUCAAUAAAGAGAAAGGACAGCUACAGACGGAUAUACAGAAGAAAGAAGAGAUGAUUAAGAUGAAGAAUAUGGAAGUUCAGGGUCUACAGACAGAGCUGGACAAAUCCUCGGCCCAGGUCAAGCAGCUAGAAUCUCAGAAAUCGGAAGCCCAGAGGAGACUGGAUGAUCUGGACCAACAGAAGACCAAAUUAGAGGGGCUGUUGACCGAGGUCCAGUCCCAGUGUCAGGAAGUACAGAAGAGUGUCGACUCGCUGAGAGGACAGAUUAGUUCACAGCAGAGCACAGUCAAGAAGAAAAAGCUCAAGGGGGAAGAAGCAAAGAAAGCUGUUGCCAAGGCUCAAGAGGAAGAACUGAAGAGAGCACAGUCAGAGCUGAUCACUUUGAGGAAGGAGGAGCAGCAGCUUGAGCAGCAGGUCGAGACGGGGAAGUCCCAGCUGACCACAGUGGAGGAGAAUCUCAAUCAAACAAACCAACAAAUCACAGAGCUUCACACAAAAUUAGCAUCCCUACGAGAGACCAAGACCAAGUUAAAUGGAACCAUGUCACAGAUCAGUCAAGCCAUAGACACAGCCAACUCAACCGGUACCCUACCUCAGAUCGAGGACUUCGGUACCUUCAAUGACAACAAGUUUGGUCUAUCACAUGACGAUAUCUUCAGUAGUCGAGCAACGGCUGGUAGCAGUAGUCCUGUGAGUAGCUUGAGUGGAUUCAGCAUAGGAUCAGAGAUCAAUAGUAAGACGGGAGACACUGCUGAUGAUAAGGAUGAUCCAUUCAAAUCCAAGGACCCAUUUGCUGGAAUGGGGGAAAUAACGUCCUCAGAUCCUUUCCAGUCAGAAGAUCCUUUCAAAGACUCUGAUCCUUUCAAGUCAGAAGGAGGAGAUCCAUUCAAGAGCGACGCCUUUCAAGCCAAUCCAUUCGGCGGAGAUCCUUUCAAGAAUGAUCCGUUUGGCACAGGAGCCAACACAAACCCUGAAGACCCAUUUGGUGGAUCUGCUAACAAUUCCAACGACCCUUUCUCAUCAUCGUCACCUGGGUCGUCUGACCCGUUUGGAGGAUCAACAACAACAACAUCGAAAGACCCGUUUGUAGGCAGUGAUCCGUUUGCCUCAAAAUCUAGUGACCCCUUUGGAUCAGGGUCGUCAGACAAUAAGAGUGAUCCAUUCGCUUCUAAAGGGUCGACAACAGACAGUGAUCCUUUCACAGCUAAAAGUACAACAACUGGUAAUGACCCGUUUGCAUCUAAAACAUCGACAUCAAGCAGCGAUCCAUUCGCAUCCAAGCCUGCAAAAACUGAUGACCCUUUUGCGUCCAAUGCAGCCAAGAGUAAUGACCCUUUUGCAUCAAAGUCUGCAUCAAACGAUGACCCCUUUGCAUCAAAGUCUCCAAAAAGUGAUGACCCAUUUUCAUCCAAGUCGGCAAACAGUGAUGACCCUUUUGGAUCCAAUUCGGCAAACAGCAAUGAUCCCUUCGGUUCUAAGUCAGCCAAGGGUGAUGACCCUUUUGCGGGUAGUACAAAUGCUAGUGACCCAUUUGCAGGUUCAACAAAUUCUGAUGAUCCGUUUAAAGGAAAUGAUCCAUUUGCUUCUGAAUCAAUAGGAGGAUUAACUAAUGGAAAUGCAGAAAGUAAAUCAUCGAGUGAUCCAUUUGGUUCAAUAGAUCCAUUUGGAGGGAGUGCUUUUAAGGCAGAUUCAUUCAGCAAGAGCUCCAGUACUGACACGUUUGGCAGCGAUCCUUUCAGCCGACAGGAGGACACCCCAGCGUUACCUCCAAAGAAAAGCAGAGGGGUUAGUUCUUCCUCCGCUAAACCUGCCUCCAACUCCCCUAGUACUACAUCCAACGCCAGCGACCCCUUCCAGGCUUUCUCCUCUGACUCCACCGACCCUUUUGCCAAAGCCGACUCCUCCACCACCAACGACCCUUUUGCAUCCACCGGGUCAGGGGGUAAGGUCAACAGCUCUAACGAUCCCUUCGCCCCAUCGGGAGGGGGUGCUGAUCCCUUUGGGGGAGGAAGUGACCCAUUUUCAGGGGGAGGAGAUCCGUUCGGUGGCAGUGCUGGUGGCAAAACUGAUAGCGGCUCAGAUCCACUGGCAAACUUUGCUGAUUUCGGUGGUGCUAAGGAGCAGUGAGAGCGUUACUAAUCGCGACCAAGUUUGAAGGGAAAGUAUUAAGCGAGGAGGACCAACUGGUGUGGGCUGUCAAGGAAGCGCAGAAAGAAGAGGAGAGACUAAAACAACUUGCCAUUCAGGAGGAGAAUGACCUCAAGAUGGCGCUACAACUAAGUCAAGAGGAAGUCGGCUCGUCGGAGGCAUAGCAUGACGCGCUGGGUUCUUAACGAUCCACACCUAGUAAAGACUUUUGAAUACUCCAUUGUGUUCACUCAUACGGAUUCAGCGGAGUAACGAGCAUUUGCACGUUCUGUUCCUUGUGUUGAAGUCUAUUUAUUUGUGUACAUUCUUUAAAACAUAAUACCUAUCAACAUUAUCUGUUUUAUUUGUACACUUCAUUAUGAUGAUUUGAGAGGAAAGGGAGGAGAAAAGGGGCAAUGAUGGUGUCAUCUUGAGGCAAGGUGUGCUCCUGUGGGAUGUUACCGAAGAAAGCAAAGUUUCCUGAGAAGAUAUGGUUCUCCUCGAUAGACCUUAGUCACACAAUGUUCUCCAUCUCCUGAUAACAUAUUGAGGAAUGCAAUUUGUUCUGCAGGUGUACCGUGAAAUCAGAUGAAACUUGUUAUGCUGCUUAGUUGUUUGCUCAUGGUGAUAUUUCAACUUGUCAUCAAUUUGAUCAGAGGAAGACCUCUCCAAAUGGAUUAUAUCCCUGAUUCUGUUAGUGGUGAAGUGUUUAGCUGCAGCCUUGUGCAAUGCCAUGAGAAAUAUCCAUCCCAUCAUAAUUUUCACCGUUUUGACCUGCAUUUAUAUUCAUAAUUGUCGUCAUCAUAUAGUUUUGUUCAGUGCUCACCAGGUUGUAGGUACUGUGGUCAUGUGACUUUGUACUGAAGUCACGUGACUUGACCAACGCUAUCAGUUGUCUGACAUCGGUAUGCUUUCAUCUCUUCUAUGAUUGAUUGACAAGUGAGAUUAGAAGGGAAAAGGGCAUACAAUUCACAUCACAUUUAUAGAUGAAUUUAGCCUCUAUCUCAUUUGAUAGAGGAUGAUUUAACUCUGUAAUUUCUUCAUUAGUCUUGCUGAUUUUUUUUUUAUCCACAGCAACAGUGCUUUCAUCCUAUGAAGCUUGUCCAGAUCUGUUUUUUUUUCUCCAUUUGCUUCACACGUCUGUAUGGUGUUAUACAAAGCUCAUUCACUCUUCCAGUGCAUGUGGUAGCACUGUAUGUUAACAGCAGCGGCGUAUCCCAAUGAGGGCGCAGAGAACACAUGCCCCCUCUUUAUUUUUAGUCACUAAUACCUCGGUCACAUUUGCUCUACGGCGGCUGUACGGCGAGUCGAUAACAGCCGUUUUAUUCAAACCCCACUAUUAUGGAGCUGGUACAAAACAUUUUAAAACGGCUGUUUUCGACUUGCCGUACGGCCGCCAGAGAGCAAAUGUGAUCGAGGUAUUACAGAAUAUACUGAUAGAGCAAUAUCCAAGAAAAUUGUCACUUGUGCCCUCUCUUUUCUCAAAUUUGCUCCUUGAACCUCCUUGAUAUCAAGAUCCUUGAUCUACCACUGAUAAGGCCUUAAUAAACUAUUAACUCUCCUAGUGUAGAUUUAUUCUUCAUUCUCCUUCUCAUCUUCAUGAUAAAAAUCUUAAUUAUGUGAUGUAGAUAUUGUUGAUAUUAAAGCGAUUUUGGACUAUCCGUAUGAUCAUACUAUGUACAUGUAUGUGCUGUAUAUUUCCUUCUUUCUUCCAUUUCUUCUAUUUAUGACAAAAAAAGUUUAAGAUCGUUUAACCAAACUCUGAUGACCUAGGGCCCCUUUUCACAAAAACUUGUUUAAUGACAAAUUUGCAAUAACAGGUUAAAGCCACUGAAGUCAUUCAAUUUGAUUGGCUGUUGUAAACUUAUAGAAAUUGUGCAUUUGUUAUUAUAACAAGUGUUUUUGAAACGGGAUCCUGGGAUUGAUUUAAUUAAUUGGUUAUUUGAAUUCUUAUACAUUUCUUAUUCAUGUAGUAGUAUAAUAUAUCCAUGAGUAUGUUUAUUCCUUUCUUUGCCUUGAAUAUGCUUUCACAUGUACAUAAGUGUAAUAUGUGACUUAAUUAUCACUUUCAGCUAGGGAAUACUAUUUGUCAAUCAUAUUGUUAUGAUCCGUGUUAUUUUGAGUGCUGGUCAGCAAUCGUGUAUUUAUUGAAUCAUAGUUGGUCUUGUAAACAGAGAUAUAUAUAAAACCCCGUUGCAGAAAGAUUUGCAUUUGAACACAACUAAAAAAAAAAAUCAAGUGCAGGUCCCUUUAAUGUGCAUUUCAUUGGUUGAAAAUAAAGUUGCAUUUGAUUUUUGGAGUCGCAUUUGAUCACAACUCUUUCUGCAACAGGGCCCUUGCAGAUUCACAGAGCAUGAUACAAUUACAGCACAUUGGUGGAAUGACUUUGUGAUAUAUUUUUUUGAAUGCCUCCUAUCAAGUCCAGGUUCCUGUUUCAUAAAACUUGUUACAAUGACAAAGUUACAAUAACAGUUAAAAGCUACUGAAAUCCUCCAAUCUGAUUGGAUGGUAGUAACCUUGUUAUAGAAAUUAUGCAUUUGUUAUUGUUGUAACAAGUGUUUAUGAAAAGGGACCCAGAUCCUGAAGAAUUAAAAGGAUGUUUAUAUGAAAAUGGUAACUUUUUUUAAUAUCCAAAUUUGAACCUGUGACUGCAGUAAAGCACACAUCCUACGAUACCAUUUCCCAUGACAUUAACGGGACCACAUGCACAUUAUAUAUUGUGUAAUGCAUAACUUGUAGCAGGACUGAACAAACCACCCCCCCCCCUCGUUUCAAUUAGAUUUCAAAAGAUCACUGUCUACAUAAAAAGAUGUAUAGUGCUACUUUCACGUAUUUAUCAUUUCAAAUAAAUUUAGCCUAUCAUAUUUCAUAUCCCAUGAUCACAACUCUUGUUGUCUGUUAACCCUCAACGUGCCAUGAACACAUAUCUGUGCAUCCACUGGAGUGCCAUGAACACAUUUUCGUGCAAUGAUCAUACAGCUAUUGUUGUACAACGCCUACUUAGCUUGUUGUACGCGAGCAAAUGGGAGGCUGAAUGUCAAACAUUCGUACCGUUGCACAAAAGACGUACCAUCCAAAAUGUACCGUUGCACGGCUUUAGGAGGUGACGUCACAAUACGAUUUAAUUCAUUGCGCUCGGUAAAAAUGAACAAUACGCGUAUAAGCCAGCUGGCUAAAUGCGCAAGGCUGCCCAAUGUCAUGUGUGCUUGUGGGAUUUUGCUUUUUGCUUUCGGUAUUUUUGCUCCCUUUUCAUAGAUUACUAUAGGGAUAAACUCUGUUUUUUCAUAUUUUCGCUAAAUUCCGAGGCGUUGUAUAACACAAAUAGCGAAUAUUCUUAUUCGUGCAAUGGUGCGAGAUUUCGCAUUCGGUGAAAGAAAGAAACGCUCUAUUCAACUCGGCUCACGCCUCGUUGAAUAGAGCAUCUUUCUUUCGCUUCAUGUGAAAUCUCGCACCAUCGCACUCAUGCCUAUUCGCUAUUUGUAUAUUAUGCCUAUUGCAUUUUGAGGAGUACAUUGCAAGCAUGAGUGAUUCCAUUGUUCAGUUCAUCUUAUUGUCACGAGGUUUAACAGUAUUGUCUCUGGAGUGAUUCCCUUUUUUAUAAAUAAAACAAUCAAAUAGAGACUCUUUGAAAAAAAAAAGGCACUCGCUGAUUACAGUGAAUGGCACAUUAAGAGUUAAACAUUUACCAGAUUGUCAGAUGAAAUGAUGUCAUAUGAUUCUAGUUUAUUUUAAUGACAGUUUUUGUAUGUCAUUUGAUAGUGGCAAUUUCUUUUGUCAAGCACUUUGACAGGUCUGUGUUUCAAAUAUAUUUUUCAG